UUUUUUUAUUACACUUUUUUUAAGUACUUGAAAAAUUCAGACAAAAGCAGAAGAAGCAAAGUUCUUCUGUCUGUGUCUGAUUCUACGUCUGUCUCCGCCACCAUGACAAGCUCUUCAUCUCCUUCACGCAAGGCGUUAAGCAAGAUCGCGUGUAAUAGGCUACAGAAAGAGUUAUCAGAGUGGCAAGUCAAUCCUCCCACUGGGUUUAAGCACAAAGUUACCGAUAAUCUCCAAAAAUGGAUAAUAGAGGUAACAGGAGCACCAGGUACGCUCUAUGCGAAUGAAACUUACAAGCUUCAGGUUGAUUUCCCUGAACAUUACCCCAUGGAAUCUCCUCAGGUAGUUUUUGUUUCACCAGCGCCGCUACAUCCGCAUAUUUACAGCAAUGGACAUAUUUGUUUAGAUAUUCUGUAUGACUCGUGGUCUCCAGCCAUGACGGUUAGUUCAGUCUGCAUCAGCAUUCUCUCCAUGCUAUCGAGUUCACCGGAAAAGGUUUCUACAUUUUUAUUAACUCCCACUUAUUAUUAUCACAAAGCCACACAAAAUCUUACUAUGUCUUUAUCUCUGUCUCAGCAACGUCCCGCUGAUAACGACCGAUAUGUAAAGAACUGCAAGAACGGGAGGUCUCCUAAAGAGACAAGAUGGUGGUUUCAUGACGACAAGGCAUGAUGAUGAUGAUGAUGAUGAUGAUGAUGAUCUCU